CAGCUCUACUGCCCCCGCCCACCUACCCCGAGCUUCAUCAUCCCCCGCACGCCUUCCCAACCGUCCCCCCGGGCCUCUAUCCAUCGCCUGGAGGACCUCCGGCGCCGGGGACCACGGCGCACCACGCGACGUAUAGCAACAACUAUGGGCAGCUCCCGGCGUGGAACACCCACGACCCCGAUCACAGUUUAUUCCUAGCUCAACAGCGGUACUGGCUCCAGCAAAACCAGCAAACGUACCCGGGCUAUAAUGAUGACGCGGCGUGGUGGGCCGCGAAAAACCUCGCGGACCAGUGGGCGAAAGAGGACUACGCGGAGCAGGCAGGGGACUAUUGGGCCGCAGCAGCGGCGUAUCAAAUGUAAAAAUGUCUGGGUCUGGAAAAGUGGAACUUGUAAUGCGUGUCAUGCAUUCGUGGCAUAGAAGAGAGGCUUUCUCUGUCACGCAAAAACGCAUAUAUUGUAAUGCGUGCUAGGCAUCAGCAGGCGUCUCAAAAACUUGUCAUGCUUGGCUGCCAUUGGAAGCGCCGCUUCAAUCAUGCGCAAUUCAGCAUCACAAGUUUGCAGACCCAGCCAUUUUUGCAUUUGAUACGGCGGCCGGUUGUUCCAAAGGUGGACCGCCUGGUGGACAAGAGGCUGCGGAAGAACAGCAUUGGCCGCAUACGACCGCAGCUGUUGGCGGAGCAAAACUUCAAGCAGAGGAAAGAACAAGCGCAAUGAAAACGACAGCUCCGCAGAAGUUCUUGCACAGUAGCAGCACCGCGGCAGACGACAUCUUGGCUCAGCAGCUAUCUCUGGUGGAAGGAGGUGGGACCACGACGAGAACGAGUACGUCAAAGUGCAAUAAAACUGCAAAGACCACAAGUGUACCCACUGCAACGAAAAGUACUAGAGCCCCACGCCCGGAGGAAGUGAACAUCAAGAAUCCUCUGCUACUACCACACCCUCCUGGUUUAGAACUUCCACCACAAGCAACGGCAAAGAAAGCGAAGACAAAAGAAGAGAAAUCGGAAAAGAAGAAAGAACAAACGAGAAAAAGUUCAUCUCCCGCUACAAAGACAAACAAAACGAAAACCACCACAAAUCAAACCACGACUCGGCCGGAAAAAAAACACAGCAAGGGUAGACCACUGAAGACGGAAGUUAAAGCGGAUGGUGUCGAAGAAGUGCAUGAAAAUCAUACUAAGCCCACCAGCAGCCGAGAACUAAAAAACCCGGAACAAGAUGAUGCCUGGAACUACAUGGAAGAGCAACUACAACAGG